GAGCGCGCAGGGAGGAGGAAGGAGGAAGGAGGACGGUUCUUGUGGAAAGUUGAGGGACAAUGCGGCGGCGGCUCCUCCAGCUGUGACUUGAAACCCGAAAGCUCCUGCGCGAGUCGAACAAAGACCCCGAGGCGACGAGGAUGAAGUGAAGGAGGAGGAGGAGGAGGAGGAAGAGGAGGAGGAGGAGGAGGAGGAGGAGGAGGAAGAGCCGUUCACUCCCAUUGAUCCCGUCUCGAGGGGCCCGCGGUGAAGAUGCAGGCCGCCGCUGCUCAGGCUCUGGCUGUGCUGAGUGUUCUCUUCACCCUCGACUGCCUGUGUGCCCACCGGCCCCAGCCCGACCGCACGCUGCACCAGGGCCACGCCAGCACGCCGAGCGGCGAUGACACGCAACCGACGCAGAAGAAGAGCCAGCCGCACAUCAUCUUCAUCCUCACAGACGACCAGGGCUUCAACGACAUCGGCUACCACAACCCGACCAUCAAGACUCCUACUCUGGACAAACUGGCGGCCGAGGGCGUGAGGCUGGAGAACUACUACGUUCAGCCCAUCUGCACGCCGUCACGCAGCCAGCUGCUCACGGGCAGAUAUCAGAUCCACACUGGACUGCAGCACUCCAUCAUCAGACCCAGUCAGCCGAGCUGUCUGCCCUCACACAUGGACACGCUGCCCGAGAGGCUCCGCGAGGCCGGAUACACCACACACAUGGUCGGCAAGUGGCACCUGGGCUUCUACAGGAAAGCGUGUCUGCCCACCAGGAAGGGCUUCGACAGCUUCUUCGGCUCUUUGACCGGCAGCGUGGACUACUACAGCUACGGGUCGUGCGACGGCCCCGGGGUGUGCGGCUACGACCUCCACGACGACGAGGCCGUGGCCUGGGGCCGGGAGGGGAAGUACUCCACCACGCUGUUCACGCAGAGAGCGCGCAAGAUCCUCGAGAGCCACGACCCCGCGGACAGGCCGCUCUUCCUGCUGCUCUCACUACAGGCCGUCCACACGCCGCUCCAGCCUCCGAAGCACUACAUCUACCCGUACCGCCACAUGGCAGACGUGGCCCGGAGGAAGUUCGCCGCCAUGGUGUCCACGGUGGACGAGUCGGUCCGGAACGUCACCUACGCCCUGCGAAAGUACGGCUACUACAAGAACAGCGUCAUCGUCUACUCCACCGACAACGGCGCCCAGCCGUUCACGGGCGGCAGCAACUGGCCACUGCGAGGCCGCAAGGGUACGUACUGGGAGGGCGGAGUCCGCGGCGUGGCCUUCGUGCACAGCCCCCUGCUGCGGCGGCGGCGGCGCGUCUCCAAAGCUCUCCUCCACAUCACCGACUGGUUCCCCACGCUGGUGAACCUGGCCGGAGGGAACGUCAGCCAGAGUCGAGGCCUGGACGGGUUCGAUGUUUGGAAGACCAUCAGCGAGGGGAGCGAGUCACCCCGGCGCGAAAUCCUCCACAACAUCGACCCGCUGCACAAAGCUGCCGCUCAAACCACGAGCUGGGACACAGAGGGAGCCUCAGAGCGCACAUCAGAAGGCCCGACGUUCAAGAAGCCAAAGAAGAAGAAGAAGAAGAAGAAGAAGAAGAAGAUCCUGAAGCAGCAGCGACAGCAGAAGUCCCUGUUCAAGUUAAAGACGACCAAGAAACCUCAGACCUUCUCUCAUCACGCCACCAAACCACUCCCGAAAUCAAAGCCCGCACCUAAACCCAAGACCACGGUCUUCUCCCAGCACCGGCCCCCGUCCCAUCACGGGCCACGGCUCAAGUCCCACUCCAGCGGCGGUCUCCCGCCCGCGUGGGGAACAUCUGACCCCGGGUCUCGGCCGCAUCCAAGGCCCAAGUCCAGGCGGACCGCGUCCCAGAAGCAGAACUGGUCGAGGUCGCGAUCGUCGCCUCGGCCCAAGUCCAAGACAAAACUCAGAUUGGGUUCCAGGUCAAAGUCCAGGAGGACGGUGUCCCAGUACCAGAACCAGUCCCGGCCGGGGACUUCCCCGCCUCCGACGUCCCAGCCGGUGUGGGACGCCUCGGUCCAGGCGGCCAUCAGAGUCGGGGACUGGAAGCUGCUGACGGGAGACCCGGGCCACGGGGACUGGGUCCCGCCACAGGUGCUCCCCACCCUCCCCGGUCGCUGGUGGAACCUCGAGCGCACCUUCCCGUCUCACCACAAACCCUCCGCCCACAAAAACAUCUGGCUGUUCAACAUCACGGGCGACCCGUACGAGCGGCGGGACCUGGCGGACCGGAGGCCGGACGUGGUCCAACGGCUGCUGGCCCGGCUCGCCCACUACAACCGGACCGCCGUGCCGGUGUACUUCCCCCCCGACGACCCGCGAGCCAAUCCCAGCCGGCACGGCGGCGCCUGGGUGCCCUGGGUGGACGGAGAGGGGGGGGAGGACGAGGACGAGGACGAGGGGAAGUACCAGGGGGUGUACAAGAAAGGCAAGAGCAGCAAGAAGAAGAGGAAGAAGAAGAGGUGCCACCUGUGCAAGCUCAAGUUGUUCUUUCUGAAACUGAACACCGGGAUGAUGUCCAAUCGGAUCUGAGGCCGAUGAGCGACUCGUCCGAUGAGCUGGAUGCGUCAAAAGACUUCUACAUUUUGAAAUGUUUUUGAUUUUUUUGUCUUUUGUUACAUCUUCACCUCUUUUAAACCAGUGAAAAAAUGGCGGAGUAAAACGUGUUUUUACGAACUAUGGCGAACUUGUCCGUUUCACUGGCUUCACUCUUUUACUUGUUCCUCUGUAAAAAAAAAAAAAAAUGAAGAAAAAAAUGAUCAGUUCAGAAACAUUUGUAAAACACUACGUCAUUUACCGUGCAGACAAAUCCCACAGACCCCAAAUUCAAAAUGGACGACGCGUCUCCACGUCCUCCACGGAGCCAAAGUAUCUCCAGUGGGGACGGCGCCAUCUCGCGCUCGCGACGUUGCACGCACUCGACCGACCGUGAGUCGACCGGGACAGACUCAGAAACCAAACUCAUCGGAAACGUGAACACACAUCAGUUUGAUAAGAACUUCCUGAAAAGGACGAGAACCAUCUUUGAGAAAGAACGAUUUUGACGAGCACUUAACCUGGACCUUUUAAAAGUUUGGUCCGUGUUCCGUCUGCCUGCCACCAGGGGGCGAGCCAGAUGAUCCGGUAUUCACGAAUACAGACAUUAUAGAAUCAUUCGUCAUGAACGCGUCAAAUCUGGUGUAAAAUAUCUCGUCCGAGGCGACGCCGCCGUCUGUCCCGCUAUCAGACCUCAUGUCACUGACAUUCAAAGGAUCGGUCCACUCAAUUUACAAAAAACAUUUUCUGACCUGUCCGGGCAGACAGUAGAUUUUUUAAUACGAUUUUGAAAAGUUCGCCACAUUCUGCUGUAGAGCCGAACGGAGGCUCAAGACGUUGAGAUGAGUUCAAUAAUUUUUCAAAGUAAAAGCCCCAAAAAUUUGGGGGGGAAAAAAACAACGGAUAUCCAGAAAAAAAUACAUUAUCUGUUUAAACGGAGGAUUUAAUUUGUUAGUAUUUGAGACAUUAUUUCUCAGCAAGCAACACUCAAAAAUGUGUGCAUAAUCCUACAGCAAAACCUUUGUUGUUGCUUUUUUGCAAAAUUGGUGAAAUUACCCUUUAAAUUAAAGGCGGUUUCAAACGUGGCGAUAGUUUCUUACUUAUUGUUUUGUACAGUUUGAUCUUUAUCGCACAGCGACUUCGUGCGACAGUCAAAUGUCUAUUGAUCUGUGAUGUUGACCGGGUUUUCGUGUGUAGAAGCAGAUGUUAAAGAGCCGGUGCAUGGUCCUGACAGUCGUACAUCUCUUUUGUUGUUUUUCUUUGCUCUGCCAUAAACAAGAAAACAUGACAAAGGAGGUUUUUAAUGUCUAUUUUUUACGUUGUUUUUUUUUAAGUUCAGUGUUCCAGUGAGUUUCAGAUGUUUUUCUACUAUUUGGCUGAAACAGGCCACGGUGGCUUGUUUCAACGUGUUGCCAGUGGCGAGCGUCUCUUUUGACUUUUGAAUUGUCAGUGUUGUGUUUUUAAUUCACUGCAUCCUACUGUGAACAUGUCAUUUGAACUUAUAUUUUAACAUUUCAAGCACUAGGUAGCAAAAUCCUGCAGCAAUCAGCCAUAUUUUUAUUUUUAAAUUGAAUUCAACCAGUUUCAGGGCGAAAACGUUUUUUUUUAAUUAAACCGACUUAGGUUUUUAUUUUGUUUUCAGGUGAUUGUUAGAAGGACUGGACGUGAAGAUGAACCCGGCGAAGACGAACACAAAAUGAGCCAGUCGAUGUCGAGAUCACAAUGAUUUUGUUGUUUGUCAGUUAACGCUCUCGUGUUCAGAAAACAGAGGAGAGAAGGUACAAAAGAAGAAGUGUUUAACCAUCACGAGCAACAUCUUUGAAGUGAGACGGCGGUUUCGUCCGCUCGAGCGAGAGACACCUAACCUCCAAAUAUUUCAGCUUGUUUGCUCAACGUCGGAACAAAACCGCGUCUGUGGCCGCUCGGCAACGGAACACGAGCGUGUGAGUAGACCGUGUGUGUGUGUGUGAGCGGCAGAGAGGAACGCCUUCCUCCUCCACCCUGAGCAAAUAAAGAGUGAAAUAAGAUCAA